AUGAGCCAUCCUCGCGAUGCGCUUGUCGUUAGGUUCUUUAAGGGAGAUCGGUUUUCGGUUUUGAAGCAAUGCCAUGAAACAAAGAAGAUUGAGAUUUGGGUGACCAAGAACAAGGUUAACGCUGAGGAUGGUGAUGAUGUGGUUUGGGUGAGUUUCAUGACUUUGUCAAUACCUAACUUUCCGAGUUUAGUACAGGCUGAACCCUACUCUGAUCAGCAACCAAGUUACUACAUCGAUGAUAAAAGGCUUGUCGUGUCUUCUUGCGACGAAAAUGGCCAGGCUUGUAUUUAUGUUUUGUGGGAAAAUAAGUUGAUCAGCAAAGUUCAGUUAGAUUCUGUGGUUGGAUCUUGGCCUUAUUCCCAGCUUGGUCCCGGUUUCUCUAGAAAAAGAUGA